CCAGUUCUCAAGUGACCAACUUUAAGCUCAAUCGCAUUUUCCGCAUCAGGAGUCUCUAGGAAGCUUCCUUAAAAAUUCCUUUAUCCCACGGGGUUGAUCCUGAUCCCUUCUGACGUCGCGUGCAUCUUUUACCCAAAGGGUUUCCGGACGGAGUUUUAGAUAUUUAAUCGACUCCGACGCAACCACUUUCGCAACAUCUCCAGUCUCUAUCUUUUCACAUUCAACCUUCUUUCAACAAACAAACAAACUUCAUACUUCGAAACUUCGAUAUUCAAUUCUUCAAAAAUGGCUCAAGAACAAGAAUGGCAUCACAAGGGUAGCUCUUGCUGCAGCCCCUUCGGCACCUGCAUGCUCUCUUGCUGCUGCCCAUGCAUCACCUAUGGUCGCGCCAAAUACCGCGUCAAGAAUGACGGCAACAUGAACGGCUACUCAUGCUGCAACAUGCCCUGCGUCGGCUUCACCUUCCUCUCCUGCCUGGGAUUCUCCUUCAUCCUGCCCAUGAUCAACCGCGGCGACAUGCGCGCCAAAUACCACCUCCAAGGCAACGGCUGCAAGGACUGCCUGUGCGCCUGCUUCUGCACGCCCUGCGAUGUCACCCAGCAGGACAAGGAGAGCGAGUUCCGCGAGGAGCAGAAGCACACGCUCAUGCAGCCCGGCAAGGUCGACCAGAUGCACUACGGCCGCAAGUAAGCAGUAGCAUUGCGCUCGCACGAGACGUGAUUUAGCUUCUUUUUUUUCAGCUCAGCGGGAGGAGUUUGCGAUUUAGGAACGGGGCCAAGACAGGAAAUUAAGAUUAUCUACCUAUAUCAGGCAAUUUCUGACUAUUUUCGUUUUACGCAACCUUGGGGAUCAACUGUUUGCCUUUGCUUUUUUGCUUUUCUUAUGUGUUUGGGCUUAAUUGCGGAGUUUUGUGGCACAGAUCUUGGAGGAGAUAAACUUACACGGGCAAAAGAUACCAACCAAAUAAACAAUUUCUCAACAUCUU